AAUUUCAACUUCGCGAAUACGACACGUAUUGUGUUUGGAAAAGGCCAGAUCGCAAAGUUGCCGAAGUUGAUUCCUUCUGGCAAAAAGAUCUUGAUGACCUAUGGAGGCGGUAGUAUUAAGCGCAACGGAGUCUACCAGCAAGUGAUGACUGCUUUGCAAGGAUACGAUGUUACAGAGUUUGGCGGAAUUGAAGCGAAUCCCGAUUUCGACACUGCUAUUAAGGCGGUAGACAUUGUGAAGAAGAUUGGUGUGGAUGAUUGUUUCCUGCUGGCAGUAGGCGGCGGUUCUGUUGCUGAUGGAACGAAAUUCAUCGCUGCCGCUUCAAAGUACACCAAGACAGCGGAUCCAUGGGAUAUGGUGAAGUCUGGCGGAAAGGGCAUUGAAAGCGCUGUUCCAAUGGGUUGUGUUAUGACUCUUCCUGCUACGGGUUCGGAGAGCAACAACGGAGCUGUGCUGUCGCGCAGAAGCUGCAACGCAAAAUACGCGUUCAACUCCAACCUCCUCUUCCCUCAGUUCUCCAUCCUCGAUCCCGAGACCACCAUGUCUCUUCCAACCCGCCAGACCGCCAACGGCGUGGUCGACUCAUUCGUUCACGUCUGCGAGCAAUAUCUCACCGUGUGUCUGAAUGCUGACGUGCAGGAUCGCUACGCAGAGGCUCUUCUCAACGUCCUCAUCGACAAUGGCAAGCUCGUGAUGGCCAAUCCUCACUCCUACAUCGCUCGCAGCAACAUCAUGUGGGCCGCGACGCAGGCUCUGAACAAAUGGCUUUCGCAAGGCGUGAUCGUGGAUUGGGCGACGCAUAUGAUCGGCCACGAACUCACUGCCUAUCUCGGAAUGGACCACGCGCGCACGCUCGCUUGCAUUCAGCCGCGCGUUCUGCGCUUCCAAUUCGACGCGAAGAUGCAGAAAUUGGCGCAGAUGGGAGUGCGCGUGUUCGGAAUUUCGAAGGGAACCGUGCCCGAGAUCGCCAUGCAGACGAUCGAGAAGAUUGAGGACUUUUACGAGAACGUGAUGGGCGUGCCGACGCAUAUUUGCCAGUACAAAGUGGAUCAGAACAAGGAUUGGAUUGGUGAGGUCGUGAAGAAGUUCAAGGAGAAUAAUGUCGUUUUAGGAGAGAAUAAGAGAAUUACUCCCGAGAUUGUGGGACGUCUCAUUGAAGAUAGUUACUAA